GUAGUGUUAUGUUUGUGUAAGAGCCUCUGAAGGUCACUCACUCAUUCACUCACUCACUCGCUCACUCGCUCAGGUCCAACUGAGUUUUCAGUUUGUGGAGUGGCUCCGUUCUGUAUUUCCUUGCUUUUUGUAUCACCAUAUUGAUGACUGGAGUGUUUGGCAGCGCUGGUGGAGCACUGUCACUCGUGGCUCAAUGGCCAACGACAGGAGGAAGUCAUGGAUUCAUCCCGGGAUUAAACUGGGACGCUGCGUUAACGUGUUUAAAACCAGACCCACCUGCUGUUCGGCUCAUCUGUUGCUGAUGUGGCGACAUUUGGGUUGAGUUCACUAAAUAAUGUGCAGUGAACCGUAACAUGACGAAAGUGUUUAUGUAUUUUAAUAUUUGAGAACGUUUUAAAACACGUUUUGCUCAGCACGGAUUUUUCUUACAUUAUGAUACAUUAAUAUUGGUUUUCCGAACAAACCUGUGCGUUGGAGACUGAAUUCAGGUCUUUGCAGCUCUGCGCUCCUUUUUUUAAUUUUCGCCGACUUUCGUUAUGUAAGAGAUUAAACGGGUGGGUUAAGGUGGAGAUGCUUGGAGCGCUCCGUUACCGGAAUUAGAGGCAGACUGUUCAGACGGACCGUGAUGUGGCCGCGGGCUGGAGGCUGAAAGCUGGCCGCGCUCCGACCCACGGACCGAGCCACCGACCGAACCACGGACCGAGCCACGGACCGAGCCACCAGCGGCCUCCAUGUCCAAGAUGCCAACGUUCUCCGUCAUGUACAAAGGAGCCGUCAUCAUCAGCAGGACGCUCAUGGGUCCAUAUGGAGUCGACAGAGCUGUUCAUUCCAUGGAGUUCACGGACUGUGAGAACGGCCUGGGAAUCAAAGUGAUCGGUGGCGUGAAGGAGCAAACAGGAGAGGAGUUCGGCGUGUACGUCAAGCGCAUUUUACCUGGUGGACUGGCUUCAUGUGACGGGAACCUGUUGCCUGGGGACCAGAUCCUGGAGGUCAACGGUGACAGUCUUGUAGGAGUCACAAGUGAAAGAGCUGUGGACAUACUGAGAGCUGCCUCUGCCACCAAUCACAUGCGCCUUCUCAUAGCCAGGGACGAAGAAGCCAAGAGAGAAUUCGCUGAGCUACUGGAGAAAUAUGGCUCCAACGGCAGCACGGGGUCGACGCGGAACUCUCCCAUCCAGCAAGGAGGCCGAUACCUCGACAGCACGUCCUCCGGUUCCUCCUCGCGCUCCCAGAGUCCGCUGCUCCUGAGUCCAGCAGGCUCUCAGAACACGUACCCCAGCAGUGGGCCCAUGCUCCGCUCCCUCAGUCAUCCAGGUGAAGGAGUGAUUCAGCUCCUGUCGGUGGCCCGGUCCAGCAGUUUAGGGAUCACCCUUGGAGGAGGCUCGAACCGGCCCGACGGACCUGCCGUCUUCAUCCAGGAGGUUCUGUCUGGAGGAGACUGUCACCGGGACGGACGCCUGAGGCCUGGAGAUCAGCUCAUUGCCAUAAACAAGGAGUCACUGAUAGGCGUGACCCACGAGGAGGCCAGAACCCUGGUGAACAAAGUCAAACACAGCCCAGACAGCACGGUGGAGAUCGCCUUCAUCCCCGGUAAAGGACUGUUCCCGAGCAGCACGUCGCUCCACAACGGCGUGCAGCGGGCCUCGGGCAGCAGCCACGGCUCUGGACGGUUAAAGGUCCACAUCAAGUCACCAGAGAUCUGUGCAGAGGAGCAGCCUCCAGCGUCGUCUCCAUCUCCUGACAUCUGCCCGCCAGACAUCCACAUUUCAGGGUCGACCAGCCAGAAGUUACCAGCAGGGGCCAAACCAAAGAUAACCCUUGACCCCUACAUCCGCCUCAAAUCAGACAAGUUGGAUCUGGCCCUGUCGUUCCUUGGCCUGGAGGUCACAGAAGACAAGAGGAAGACGUUGGCACAGAGUCUGACCACAGACCCUCAAGGCACCGUGGCCUAUGGAGACUUUGUGGAAGCCACCAGAAGCAUCUUCCAUGAGAACCUGGAGGAGCUGGGUUUGGAGGACGGGCCCUUCAUGUUCUCCUACCACGAGGCAGCCAGUCUGAUGGACACGUCGGCGUUCCAUUCACCUACGUACGAGUCCGAGUGCAGCUACAGCAGCGAGGAGAUGGAGCAGUUCCACACAGAGGUGAAGCAGCUGCAGACGCAGAUGAAGCAACUCAAGGUGAUGCUGAAGGACAUGGAGCACAGCAAGAAGUCCCUGGAGGAGGAGCUGCAGAAAACCUCAGAGAAAGCCUGUUUGACCGUGGAGGAAAACACUCGCCUGAAAAGCCGCCUGCAAGCGGCCGAGGCGGAGGUGGUGCAGCGGAACCCGGGCAGCGCUGAGCAGGACUACGAGGAGGUCAUUCAGCUGCUGGAGGCCGAGAUCAAGGACCUGAAGAACCAGCUGACCAGCAAGAGACAAGCACAAGGCGCGGAGGCCACCAAGGAGGACGUGCUGGAGCUGAACCGGAGGUUGACCGCCAUCGACUGUCAGCUGAGAAAGUCAGAGCUGAGCAGGAAACACCUGGAGGUGUCCAACAGGAAGCUGCUGGGCUUCGCACAGAACGUCCACAAAGUGCUGAUGACACCCAGCCUGUUUGGAGGCGAAGGAGGCACCAGAUCUCCAAGCCCGUCUCCAGCCACCCAGAGCCCUGACACCCCCUCACCACUUCCUGACUGUGCCUUUCAGCUGGCUGCGGAGGCGAAGGAGCUGGUGGAGGGAGUCUGCAGCAGCUCGGCCCACGACCCAGGUGCAGACCACGCCAGCGGAGCCGCAGCCGGCACCGGGUGCCAGCCGUCAUCCCCUGUGAGCGCGGGCCCGGAGGCAGAACCGACCACUGGCUUCACACCCAACGUCCGAUCCGACCCCGCCCCCAGCGACCUUCUGACUCCACGUUUCACACCAAAGCUUUGCUCUUAUAGUCUGACGUUCGGAAGUGUCUACGAGAAGCACGUUGCCAAAUUAAAGUGAGCUGCACCGCGAGCAGCUCGGCCUCAUGAUGAUGUGGCUCCGGCUGUGUGGGACGAGCGUCCACUCGCACACGCUGGUUGCAUGUCAAGGUUGGACUGGUCUGAACUGGUUUGUCCCACAUUGAGUCUGGUGCCCAGUCAUUAGACAGUAGACCUCUGCUCAUAUCAUGCAUGGUUCAUGUCGCCUCCUGCUUCCAGGACAGGCUUUAUAGUUCUGUAGACCUCGUAGCCGUCCAUCAUAUGUGGAUCUGUUAUUUCUAUAGACAGAUGAUGCGUUUUAAACAGUGAUGUCUUGUCAUACAGCCAGAUUACAUCUUGGUGUGGCCUCAUAUUCUUUCUGUUACUGUUUUAUAUUAAAGAACUAACUGAGAA